CGAUCAUCGCUGCUUCAGAAUUCAUCUGACAGACAAACAUUCAGUCGGUGAUUUUGUUCACAGUCGUACGACGCUGCUGUCAACUUUUUAGUUCCGAGUUUUUUUGUUUUUGUGGUUUUAACAAGUUUAAUUCCAAUAUGAAAUUGCAUGCUGUAUCUGAUGGACCGCCAUCGUUGGCUUGUCGCAUGGUGUUGAAAGCACUGAAUAUCCCAUUCGAUUUGGUUCCGGUAAACUUUAAUACUGGCGAACAUUUAACCGAUGAAUAUUUCAAGUUGAAUCCGCAAAAAGAGAUACCAGUGCUUGAUGACAAUGGAUUUCUGUUGAGCGAAAGUAUUGCGAUUAUGCAGUAUUUAUGUGAUCAAUAUGCACCAGAGAAUCCAAUCUAUCCAAAAGAACCUAAGCAACGAGCACUUGUCAACCAUCGAAUGUGCUUCAACAUGGCUUUCUACUACAAUUACAUUAGCCAAUAUACGAUGGCUCCGAUUUUCUUUGACUACCCACGAAGCGACAUGGGAAAAAAGAAGGUUGAACUCGCUUUGAAUGUAUUUGAAACGUACUUGAAAGCGACCAACACGAAAUAUGCUACUGGGGAUUGCAUUACAAUUGCUGACAUUGCGCUGGUUGCCGGAACUCUACCCUUGGAGGCAAUCGGAUAUAAAUUCGAACAUUAUCCACUGGUUACUAAGUGGUACAGUACAUUUAAAAGUGAGAACCCUGGAUUGUGGGAAAUUGCGCAGGCUGGUGUCGAUGAAAUCGCUGGAUUUGAACAGAACCCAGCAUCAUUGGAUCUAUCAAAAUUAAAUCAUCCAUUCCAUCCGAUCAAAAAGAAUUAGCAGAAAAUCCGCAGAUUUAAACCGUAUUUAACAUUCAUGGAUAAUGGUUUCUCAUUUUAUCAGUUCUUUUUUGUAUUGAAAUUCACCCAAAUAAAAUUCAUUAAGUUUGGUUUUUGCACUGAAUCUCAA